GUACAAACGAGUACAAAUUCAAAGAUGGUUGCUCCGGCAGUCGCAUUGUUGUAUCCGACUCUAUUGGCGUCUCUCGCGUCGAAUCCGAAUCUGACGAUUUUCGCCGACGACAGUGGGACGCAGUACGUGAUCGACCUUAGCGAGCCCGAUUUUACCGAGGCGGAAGAGCUCGAGAUCAGCGAAUCCAUCCGCGAAAUCACCUUCCAUUUGUACACACGAAAUAAUCCGCUGGUUGGACAGGAGUUGAUUAUCGGCAACGCGGACAGCGUGAAGAACAGUUUUUGGAACCCUCACAAUCCCACAUAUAUAGUCACUCACGGCUGGCGAGGACAUCCGGAAGAUAAUUCUUGCAUCAUGCCUCGCGACGCUUAUCUCAGCGUUGGCGAUUACAACGUCAUUCUGGUCGAUUGGCAAAAAACAGCUAAGUUUCUGUUAUACUGGAAAGUAGUGAAAAGCGUACCACUCGUCGCCACACUUGUGGCUAACAUGAUCAACUAUUUGGAGAAAAAUUUUGGUUUAGAUCCCGCCACGACCAGAGCAGUGGGACAUUCUCUUGGAGGACAUGUCAUCAGUCUUGCAGCUCGUUUCGCGAAAACCGAAAUCGCUGAAGUGAUCGCUUUGGAUCCCGCGAAGCCGAAAUUCGAAUUCAAAGGACCGGGAGAAAGAGUGGACGCGUCGGAUGCGAGUCUGGUGCACGCGAUACACACGAACGCGGGUGUUCUUGGCUUGGAAGAGCCGGUCGGCCAUGCCGACUUUUACCCCAACGGCGGCAAAGACCAGCCGGGAUGCAGCUGGAUCGCGGUCGGGUGUGCGCAUUCGAGGUCUUACGAAUACUACGCCGAGUCCAUCAGGAAUCCGAAAGGCUUUCGCGCCGGAGACGUGUUUAUGGGCGGACCGGAGCUCGAUCGAAGGGCGAAAGGAAGCUACGUUCUGCAGACUAACAGGAAGCCGCCGUUCGCACUCGACUGACAACGGACGACUGUCAUUUCCUUAUUUUUUCACACCUUUCGCAUAUGCUUUUGCAGUGUAUUCGGAGCAAAGUUAUCGAAAUGUUUCUCGACUAAAAUAAAUGCACAAAGAUGGAGAUUUGGCCUAAUAUAGUCUACUUUCCUAAUGAAAUUUGAUUUUUGUGAUACAUAGCGCCUUGUCCACGUGAUAUUAUUCAAAAUAAACUUUU